UCCUCAACACUUGUGAUUCUGCUUCACAAACAGACUUUUCUCUGUUCACCGCCCGAUUUGCCUCUUUACAAAAUCCUCUUCAUCCGCCUACCUCUACGGUUUGCACGUUUCGUCUCAUCUGCUUGCUAGUACCGCUUCUACUGCCUUUCGCCCAUAUACUCGAAGAAAAAUGGAAUAUCAGGCUGGUUGCUUCACUUGUGGCGAUUCGGCCCACCAGGCCCGCGACUGCCCCAAGAAAGGUUCUGUUAUCUGCUACAACUGCGGUGGAGAAGGACACGUCAGCCGCGAUUGCAAUGAGCCCGCAAAGGAAAAGUCCUGCUACCGCUGCGGCUUGACAGGUCACAUUUCGCGUGACUGCCCUCAGGCAGGCGAAUCCGGAGGCGCCAGAGGUCAAGAAUGCUACAAGUGUGGCCAGGUCGGACACAUUUCUCGUGAAUGCCCCCAGGGAGGCGAGUCCGGAGAGGCCAGAGGCCAAGAAUGCUACAAAUGUGGCCAAGUCGGUCAUAUUUCCCGUAACUGCGGCCAGUACUCUGGAUACAAUGGUGGUGGCUACAACGCUGGCUCGUACCGCUACGGUAACCGUCCUCUGACUUGCUACUCUUGCGGAGGGUAUGGCCACAGGGCUCGCGACUGUACCCAAGGACAGAAGUGCUACAAUUGUGGUGAGACUGGCCAUGUCUCUCGCGACUGCACCACCGAGGGCAAAGGCGAACGUGUCUGCUACAAAUGCAAGCAGCCCGGUCACGUCCAAGCCGCCUGCCCCAACUAGACCGGCGACAUUUCGGUUCGAAAUCUAGCAUAGGAGCACGUAACAAAUUGAAUCUUGGUCAUGACACGACUCACCCGUCCCCUUAACACAUACUUUUUUCGGACUUACAAGCAACGACCAUAAAAAGCGUGCGUCAUGACCCCUCACUCUAUCCAACAGAUCGCGGAAACGUUGUAUCUUCCUUUUGCGACAAAAAAAAAACGUCUAUGAAGUCUCUCGCGUGCGCUCCUCCUCGCCGUUCAAAUAUAACUUCUGUGACUCAAGCAUCCUCGGGAAUAGGUAUGGGAGAGUGCUUUUUGAUUGCAGGCACACAGGCUACUGAGAAGAGGAAAAAAAAAACCAAAGGUUUCAUGGGGAAUAAAAAGUGAUUGUGCAAACGGUGUUGUUCUUCAAAUGGGAAAUUCAGUUGGGAGACUUGGGGAUCAGUUGUUUGAGAAUUCUACGGAAUCAAAUGAUACCAGAGUCUCGGAUUCCUCUUUUCCAAAUGUCUGCUUGCAUAGUUAUGCAUUGCUGCUAGUUUUCUGAGGUAGUUAAAUAUCCUAUGUCAAGCAUAAGUCUUUUCACAAGGGCUUAGUUGUUUUGAUAGGGAGCUCUAUUUUUCUGAACUAUCGUAGCCAGUCAUCGUCAACUACUCCUAACCACUUCAUCUGUUAUUCAAUGGAGCUAUGGCACAUGACUCUUGCAGCGUACUAGGGAGUAGCAACAAAUUCCCCAUGCUAGUAUGGUUAGACGAUUCAAUUGAUGUCUAAUCGAUUUCUACAUAUAGAGGACAGGAUCCCUACAGGGAAUAGGAUAUAAAAAAGCCAGGAAAGACUAAUGGAGUUUCAAAAGAAGAAAACUUUGAUAAUGAAUCUCCCAUAUGUAAUAGAGGGAUCUCAGUAUCAUAGGUUUUGCUCUUUUUAGCAAAAGUUUCACCACUGCCGUCGGCCCUGCCCUGUUCGCUGUCCAAAAUUCUGGUUCGCAACCCUGAGAGCUUCUCCCAGAUCCAUAUCCCCCACGACUUUGACCCUCAUCCCCUCACCCUCGCCACCUGUCUCAACAUAAACUUCUUUCGGUCCCUGAAACACAUAUCUCGCUCCCCUUGGUGGUCUAUACCUCGGCAUGCUGCAGGCCUCUUCAUACGUUGGGAUGCCCCGACUGCGUUGAACGGCUUCUUCCUCUUCGUCGCGCGCUUGAUCGGCAGAAUCGUUGAUUGCGGCUUGGAGGGCAGCAUCAAAGGCCGGAUCAGCAUCUGCGGGGAAGAAGGGCCCGGUGGGGAAGGCAUCUAUGCGGGAGCGGGCAAGUAUUUCGGAGAGGGAGUACAUGGCCGGACUAUGAGCAGGUUGAGGAAUUAUGGGAGGGUUGGAGAAACCAGGCUGGUGGUGGGAGUGACGACGGGUGGUGUAUGGGGCUGCGAUACUGGAAAUGCGGCGCGCUAGAGAUUCGCAUGCACUGUUGGCGCGGGAAGGGGUGCUUGCUCU